ACUGAAAUAUAAAGGUUAUAGGAAAAUUAAAGUAACGGUAGGUUAGUUUAAGGCUGUAUCCGGUGUGGUCAAGUGAGAACUGUUUUGUGAAGUCAAUUUGUGAGAUGCAACCGAUUUAAUAAAAAAAAAACGAAAGGAAAAACAUAUGUUAUAAAUAAACGAAGAUACCUCAUCGUUCAUUCACUAGUCAGCCAUGAAACGAUUAACAAUAGUAUUGGUAGCUCUGUUCAGCUACGGCAUUGCCAAACCAGAGACUCUCCAAUCGUGCGACAGCCCCGUAUACUGCCAAGGAGACCUGCUGGACACAGUUCAAAGAUUCCAAAUAUUCAGAGACUCUAAGACCUUCGUGGACAUGAGCCAAGUCAACUCAGCGAACAAAACUCUUGAUAAUUUCGAGAAAUUGAUGAACAAUACCAACAACAAGCCGACUAAAGAAGAAGUGGAAACAUUCGUAGAAGAAAAUUUUGUCAGCAAAGGAGAAUUGGAGGAUUGGACGCCUCCUGAUUUCAAAAGCAACCCCGCCUUUUUGAAGUCUAUAGACGACCUCGUCGUCAGGCACUUCGCGAAGAUGUUGGUCAGUAUAUGGCUGGAUCUAGGCAGGAAAGUAAAGAGUGAGGUUAACGAGGACCCUGACAAGUACUCCCUGAUCCCUCUACCAAACGGUUUUAUUGUACCUGGGGGCCGGUUUCAAGAGGUGUAUUACUGGGAUUCCUACUGGAUCAUCAAAGGGUUGCUGCUAAGCGAAAUGACUGACACAGCUCGUGGUAUGUUAGAGAAUUUCCUUUCGCUCGUAGAAAGGUACGGAUUUAUUCCUAAUGGUAGCAGAGUGUAUUACUUAAACCGAUCACAGCCACCUCUUCUAGCGCUAAUGGUUGGUUUGUACAUAGAAAAUACUAACGACGUCCACUGGCUGAGGCAGUAUAUCGACGUGGUGGAAAAAGAGUUGAAGUGGUGGCUUAGCAAUAGGGUAAUCGACGUAGAAAAAGACGGUGUCAAUUAUACUUUGGCUCAUUAUGCGUCCGAAAGCGGUACUCCAAGACCCGAAUCGUAUUUCGAGGAUAUUAGUACUUGUUUGUCAUUCGAAGAUCAGGUUGAUAAGGAAAACUGCUAUAAGGACAUCAAGAGCGGCGCCGAGAGUGGCUGGGACUUCUCAACAAGAUGGUUCUUCGACGCCGAAAGCGGAACCAACACCAACCUCACCGGCAUCCAAACAAGACGAGUCGUCCCCGUGGACCUCAACUCCUACCUCUGCAAAGCAUUCAAAGUCAUGGCCCAACUGUACACCCGAAUCGGAAACGACAAAAAAUCCUACGAGUGGCAAAAAAAAUCCUCCUCCUGGCAAAAAUCAAUAGAACGAGUCCUGUACGAUAAGGAAGACGGAAUAUGGCAUGACUACGACACUGUCCUCUCCAAGCCCAGAAAACUGUUCUUCCCUAGCAACUUCGCCCCUCUCUACUGCGACUGCUAUGACACUGCUUUCCGUAAGAAGUACGGAUCUAGGGCGGCCAAGUACUUCGUGGAUCAAGGAAUCAACGAGUAUCAAGGAGGCAUACCAACAUCUCUGAAGCAGGGCGGAGAGCAGUGGGACAUGCCGAAUGCCUGGCCCCCUCUACAGGAGAUGGUCAUCCUAGGUCUCAAAAAUACCGGCGACUCGGAGGCGUUGAAGAUCUCUGAGAACUUCGCGAAACGGUGGGUAGACGCUAAUAUCAUAGGCUACAUCAACAGCAAGAAGAUGUAUGAGAAAUAUGACACUAUUAAUUCGGGCAGAUACGGCGAAGGUGGGGAAUAUAACGUCCAGGAUGGAUUUGGAUGGACGAAUGGCGUGGCACUGUCUAUUAUAGAUAUUUUCUAUAGGAGGUGCUAAAAAUAGAUUUUAAUUUGUCUGCCUAAGAAAUUAUACUUCGAAUGGCUGCAAAUAUUCAUAAAAAACUAGUAUUUAGCUUAAUUGUAAAUUUAAUUUAUUAAUAUACAGGGUGGAUCAUCUUGUUCAUAAAUGUACUGGGAUCUCGAAAACUGAAGGAAAUUAAGUCUCUUCAAAAAGUUAAGGCUAGUGUGUAAACACUGUUUGUGUGCCAAAAUGGUAUAAAAUGUUCUUGAACUACUUUUCCAUCUCAUAACAGUUUCCAAGAUCUCCAUAUAUCAUUUCCAAAAUGACUUACAUGAUGUAUUUCAGCAAAAUCACUGAAUAUUUUCUUGAGAUACAUGCACAUAGUAACUACGGGUAGAUAUGGAUCUAAACAUCUAUUAUUUCAGCAGCUCAUGGUACACAACAAUUUUAAAAGUUUUAACUGAAAUCUCAAGUAGAUUUAGAAUUAUUUAUUAAACUAAAGACCUUACAGGUUCACACGGUUGAAUACAACGUUUUCUUACAGUCAUAUUUUCAUAAAUGUAUCUAUCAAUAAUAAGAAGGCAGAUAUAGCCAAACGUGUGUGCAUAAAAGUAAUAUGUUAGACACUUGGUGUCUAGCGCAUUAAAACUUAAUCGCCAUACUUGUGUAUAUGAAUGACAAAAACUAUUUUAUUUUAUAUUUAUUUUAUUGAUAAAAUGUUAACGAAAACAAGCAUUUAAAUUGGAUAAUUGUCACAAUCACUCAUUAAGUACCUACUUCUUGCUUAAUACAAUUCUAUAAUUGCCAAGUACCAAAAAAACUUUUAUUAUCAAGUGGUGAGAUAUCUGCGUACAUAUUGUUAGAUACAAUGUUAGACACUAACUGAACUGAGAUACUUGCUAUUUUCCUCCUAUAAAUUAUUACCUUAUACACUCCAUUAGAUAGAGUAAAAAAUUAUGAAAUAUAUCUAUAGAAGCUUACUGGAAGAAAUAUAAAUCCUUUUUGUUUUUAGAAUUGUUAGUUGUUAAAUAUUCUAGUCAAGUAGAUCGAAGAAUACGCUUAUAGAUAGGCAAAACAAGUUAUACCAAUGUAAACGUAA